AUGCUCUCACGUGUUGCUGCAGUGAUGGCACUCCGCACACACAACCGUUGCCGCGUGACCGGAUCCAGCGGGAGGAGGAGGGAAGGAAGAGAGAGUGGGCCGCAGAGGCCCAACAUGUCCCGGCAUCUCUUCUGCUCUGCGGUGCUGCUCCUCCUUGUUGUGAUGAUGUGCUGCAACGCUGUUGGGGAUCAGCAAGCUGCUGAGCCACCGCUAUCUCAGGAACCUGUACCGAAGUCACCUUUUGCUUGGAGAGAUACAAAAGAUGGGGAUACAGUGAGUUCUUUGCGUUUUCCAGGUCUUGUUGAGACGAAUGAUGGUGAUGUGUUUGCCGUUGUCGAGGCUCAGUGCACGAAGGAUGAAUGCGGUUUCACUGGGAUUGCCUCGGGGUUGUUGACAUUGACUGAUGAUAAGCCAAAAAAGGAGUUGGAUAAGAGUAACUUGAAGACGCAAGUACCGGAGGGAUGUAUAUGUGAAGAAGGGAAAUGUCCUGCCGGUAAAGAAGAGAAACGUGCCUGCAGUACAGCGGGUCAGGAUGAUCCCCAAAGCAAGACUAAAGUACAUGUGAGCCGACCAACAACAGUUGUGAAGGGAAGUGAUAUUUACAUGCUUGCUGGAAACUAUAGUUGGGCAUAUGCCGAAGAUGAUCAGGCAGUUGGCUGGGGACUUGUGCUGGUGAAAGGGAACGUCAGUGAUGAGAAUCAAAAAGAUAAAAGAAUUUAUUGGGACGAUACUUACGCCAUUCCGUGGACUUAUAAAGGAAACCAACACAAAUCCUUGGUGCGGCUGAUCGGCGGCGGUGGAUCGGGUGUUAAGAUGAAGGACGAUAGGCUUGUGUUUCCAUUGGAAGGCACCACAAAGAAGGAGGUCGACACAAAAGAGGAUGGAAAGGCCGUUUCGCUGAUUAUAUACUCCUCGGAUGCUAAGAAUUGGAAGCUGUCGAAGGGGAUGUCUGCCGAUGACUGCAGUGAUCCCUCCGUCGUGGAGUGGGAGGACAAAAAACUUAUGAUGAUGACUGCGUGUGAUGAUGGCCGCCGCAGGGUGUACGAGUCCGCUGACAUGGGGGAGUCGUGGACGGAGGCGCUCGGGACACUCUCGCGCGUGUGGGGCAACAACCAAAAGCGACAUGAUAAGGGCGUUGGAAGCGGGUUCAUCAAAGCGACGAUUGGCGGUGAUGAAAAUAACAGAAAUGUGAUGCUCGUCACUCUGCCGGUGUAUUCCAAGAAAGAUAAGAAGGAAAUUCGGAAGGGGAAACUCCAUCUUUGGCUGACGGACAAUACGCACAUUGUUGAUAUUGGGCCGGUAUCCGAUGAUGACGCUGCCGCCAGCGCCCUGUUGUACAAAGGUGGGAAUAAUAAUAAUGAGAAGUUGAUUGCACUGUACGAGAAGAAGGGCGUUGAGGAAACAUCAUCCGGUAUGUUUUCUGUGCUUCUGACUGCGCAGCUGCAGCGUGUGAAGGAUGUGCUGGCGACGUGGAAGAAAGUGGACGGACGUGUCUCCAAGCUGUGCCCUUCUAAAAGUGCUGAGAAGGAUGCCUCACCUGGCAUUGCCUGCAGUACUACUGUUAAGAUCACAGCUGGGCUGGUUGGCUUUUUGUCCGGCAACUUCUCUGGUAACACAUGGAGGGACGAGUACCUCGGAGUGAACGCCACAGUGGAGAACAAUGGUGCAGAGGAUGCAGGGGCGGAACCCGCGGAAAAUGGUGUGAAGUUCACGGGAGCGUGGGCGGAGUGGCCUGUUGGCGAGCAGGGGGAGAAUCAGCUGUACCACUUUGCGAACUACAACUUCACUCUUGUGGCAACUGUGUCCAUCGACGGUGUGCCAGAGGGAGAUACCCCCAUUCCUUUGAUGGGUGUGCGUCUUGACGGUGGUGAAAAAAAACUUAUGGAGUUGUCGUACGAAAGCGAAAAGAAGUGGCGGGUGCUGUGCGGUGACGGCAAGAUCAAGAGGCUUAAAAGCACUUGGGAGACACGGACACAGUACCAAGUGGCCAUUGUGUUACAGAACGGCACCCAGGGCUCCGUGUACGUUGAUGGUCAGCGUGUUUGUGGGAGUGUGCAAAGUGAAUUGAAAAACGCGGAGUUGAAGGAGAUCUCACACUUCUACAUUGGAGGGGAUGGAGAAAACGCAGAGAGAAAAGACGUUUCUGUGACUGUGACGAACGUCAUGCUGUACAACCGCCCGUUUUCAUUUUCAGGUGAGAAUGCCGAUGUGGAAGAAGAUGGCGAUUCACCAUCGGAAGAUCCGGAAUCAGCGGAAGCCAAUUCUCCAUCCGUGGAAGGGGAACACAUUGUGGCUCUCCCUGCAACGAAACCUUCUGAAGCUCCAGAGGAAAAAACGGACUUGCAGCGGUCUCGAAAAGAAAGUGAAGCACGGCAAAUAACAACGGGGGGAAAGCCUGCCGCCACACAGCAAGUGCCGACGGCCCCGGGCCUCCAUGCCGUUGGAGGAGCAACGGGUGAUGCUGGCAAUGUUUACAGAAGCGGACUGCUGCCGCUGCUCCUUCUGUUGGGAUUGUGGGGGCUUGCGGCUCUGUGA